AUGCUAAUGAAAGUGAAGACGCUGCCCGGAAAGGAGAUUGAGGUUGACAUUGAACCCACAGACAAGGUGGAGCGAACCAAGGAACGUGCGGAAGAGAAAGAGGGAAUCCCUCCACAGCAGCAGCGGCUCCUCUACGGUGGUAAACAGAUGAAUGAUGAGAAGACAGCAGCUGAUUAUAAAAUCCUAGGUGGUUCAGUCCUCCAUCUGGCGUUGGCUCUAAGGGGAGGAGGUGGUCUCAGACAGUGA